AUGCCUUCAGAGUUCAUCACCAUACGGACUCUUCUGCCGACGAUUCCAAUCCCCCCGAAUAGUGCACGACCAGCAAUAACUACUAGCCGAUUACUUCUCCGAGCCUUAGAGACAACUGACCUAGAGGCACUGUACACCUUGCGAACUCAAGAGGAAGUUAUGGUAUGGACAUCAACCGGUCAUAUCGAUAAAAACAUCGAAGACACAAAAGGCAAAUUGGAAUUCUUUCUCCCGCCCAAUGAUGCAACCACGGCAAACUGCGCCAUCUGCUGGAAAGAGACGGGUGAGUUUAUCGGCAUAGGUGGUUGCCACCUCUACGUCGGCUCCCACGGAUGGCCUGAACUGGGCUAUAUGCUACGGAAGGAGGUCUGGGGCCAUGGGCUCGCGACUGAGUUUUUGAGUGCCUGGCUACGCUUUUGGAGCGGGUUACCUCGGUCGGAGCAGGAGAUCACCGUCCACAAAUCCACAGUGAGAAGCGGUGUUCAAGAGCAAAUUACCGCCGUAACAGAUUCACGGAAUGCUCCAAGUCAGCAUGUUUUACUGAAAUCUAGCUUUGAGAAAUUCCGGGAGUAUACCAAGGCUGAUGGUAAUGAAUCUGAUGGGUUGAUCAGGCUGGUCGCAUUCCGCUACUUUCCGUUGAAGGAGACUUGA